AUGGAUAUUGUACCUGUAAACACUCCAGCCCCCGAGUUUGUCAACCCCUCCUGGAUGGCGGGCCUCCCGGACAGCUGCCUGCUAUCCGAGGUCACAAUGCCCGGCACCCAUAACACCAUGGCCAUCUACGGCGGCGCCUUGGUUGAGUGCCAGUCCUGGAGCCUGGCGUCGCAGCUCCGGGCCGGUGUGCGCUUCCUGGACGUGCGUGUGCGCCACAUGCGCGGCAACCUCACCAUCCACCACGGCGUGUCUUACCAGCGGGCACACUUCGGCGACGUGCUGGAGGGCGUGGCCGACUUCCUAAGUGAGUACCCCAGUGAGAUGGUGCUGAUGCGGCUCAAGGAGGAGUUCAGUGAGACCAUUGACAUCUACGGGGCGGUGGUCAGCUACAUCCACCUCUACGCCGACUGGGACCUGCUGUGGCACGGUCGGCUCAUGCCCACUGUGGGACAGGCCAGAGGGAAGCUCAUUGUCCUCCAGGACUUUGGCGGACCUGACCUCGGAAUGCGCUACGGCUCCCUGGACAUCGCAGACGACUGGAAGGUAAGGAGACAGUCAUUUUUGAAAAUUAAAUUGUUGCUAGGCAUAUUUAUUGAGUCUCAUAUGCUUGUUGUCUCCCCAGGUCCCCACCCUCCUGCAUGUGGCUGAGAAAUGGCAAAGUGUACACGAACAUCUGGAAGCUGCCCCUGUGGGCAACAAGGCCCAUAUCUUCACCUAUGGCAGCGGAGCGGGCAUCUUUGCCUACCCCAACACCAUCGCCCAGCGAAUCAACGCCCGCCUGUACGACUACCUGACGGCACAGAUAGGGUAGAACAGGCGCUUCGGAAUCAUCGCCAUGGACUUCCCCGCCGCUCCCCUCCUUCAAAUGAUCAUCAACUUCAACUAA